AGGAGCAGGAAGAUGUCCCUCCCCCUGCGCUUGUAAAGUACAGCGGUGUCCGGGACAAAGGGAGCACUGAGGCGGACAGCACAGCCCACAGCAGCGCUGCUCACUCACGAUCUUCAGGUCCAAGAUGGGGUUCUUUAUGUCAAAAUCAAUGGAUGAAAGCCUAAAGAAACAGCAAGAGUUCAUGGCAGCAAACAGUGCUCUGCAGCUGCAGAGGCAGAUUCUGAUGCAAGAUGAAAUGAGACAGAGACAAGUGGCAAUGCAGAUCGCAUGGUCCCGUGAAUUUAUAAAGUACUUUGGAAGUUUCUUUGGACUUACAACUAUUGGUUUAACAUUAGGAGCCAUGAAGAGGAAGACACCGGUAUUUCUGUUUCCUAUCGUUCCACUAAGCUUCAUUCUUGCCUAUCAAUAUGAUCUGGCAUACGGAACAUUAAUGAUAAGAAUGAAAGAUGAGGCGGAGAACAUAAUUGAUACAGAGCGAACCCUACUUGACAUGCCAAAGGGAGUGCCAACCUUCGAAAGUAUCGAGAAAGCUAGGAGGGCCCGGAGUAUAUAUUUCAGUCAAAAAUAGGCUUUAAGCAUAAAAGAUGAGAGGCUGAAGAUGUCGGUCACAGAUCAAAGGGGAAAAGUGUAUUAGCAGCAGCUGAUUAUCCAUCUUUUUAAUCAAAUGUUGUGUAGUUGUUGCCUUCAAUAAAUUAACCAAAAUUGAAUAAAGCACCAAAUACCCUG